CUGACUUCACGGGAGGCGCCUCAUCCGACUCGCAUUCCGACUCUCUCUCCCCCUCUUGUUCUAGGGUUGCUUCUCGCCCUCUUCCUGGCGAUCGAUUCCUGCAGUUUUCUACCUCGCUAUAUGGCGUGCUCUUCGAUCUUGGACGCCUAGGGUUCGUCUGUGCCGCUUCCUGUCGCUCAUUUUGCAGGGCUUCGGUUUUCUCUGCUCCGAUCUGGCCAUGAUCUCUGUCAUGAACGAGCGCGACAUCGGCCGUAGCUCCGCUGAUCCCUCCUUUGGGAUGGGAAGCCCGCAAGAAGGGACAAUGGCUGGCGACAAGGCGGCUGCUGACGUGGGCGGCCAUGGUUCUGAUGAAUCUAGGGUUUCGAUGGAGCUCGAUCCCGUGGAGCUAAAAAGCGAGGUCGGCGGUACGGUUUUGGAGCUAGGCGUAGCGGAUCUGUCUGGACCUCGAAAGGAUGCCCCGGUAGAUGCCGAGGCCGCGAUGACUGAAGCUAGGGUUCUCGAAUCUGAUGUCGGGGAAGGCGUUUCUGCUGCCGCUGAUGCCGGAGCUGAGAUACUGGUCGCUGAUCAGGAGGAAGGGAGGGAUUUCGACGAGGACGGGCUUUCGGAUGAGGCUGAGGUUUCAGAUGGGGUUAGGAUUCCGCACGGGGCAGUGGGGAACUGGAUGAAUGGGUUCGAACUGGGUGACAUGGUGUGGGGGAAGGUAAAAUCACACCCAUGGUGGCCUGGCCACAUCUUCAGCGAAGCGUUUGCGUCGCCGUCAGUUCGACGGACAAAGGGAGAGGGCCAUGUUUUGGUCGCCUUCUUUGGGGAUAGCAGCUACGGUUGGUUUGAUCCUGCGGAGCUCAUCCCUUUUGAUCCUCACUAUGCCGAGAAGUCCAAGCAGACCACCUUGCGGCCUUUUGUCAAGGCUGUCGAAGAGGCAGCUGACGAAACUAGCCGGAGAGAGGCUCUUGCUGUGACUUGCUACUGCCGGAACACAGUCAACAUCAGGCCUGCCCGUGUCCCAGGAUACUUCUAUGUGGAUGUUCCAGGGUUUGAGCCAGGGGGUGUUUACUCAUCAAAGCAAAUCAACAGCACGAGGGACAAGUUUUCACCUGAGAAGGCGCUCGCCUUUGUGCUUCAGACAGCCUUGGAUCCUCUGGCAGGUGACCAAGCUAGUAUAGAUCAGAUUAAAAACAUUGCGAUGAUGUUUGCAUACCGGAGAGCAGUGUUUGAGGAGUUUGAUGAGACCUAUGCACAAGCAUUUGGGGUAGAGCCAGUACGGCCAUCUUCACAUACUGGGUCGUUGUCAGAUCAGCCUGAAAGAUUUGCUCCCCGAGCGACUCCUCUGAGCGGUCCACUGGUGGUUGCCGAGCCGCUGCGCCACAAAAAGAUCUCCUCCAAUGCUAAUAAGCAGCUUGCGCCCAAAGCGGCCAAGCUCCCAUCAUCUGCGAAGAAGAACAAGUACGUCCUGAAACGGAGGGACGAACAGGAGACGCCGAGCACCCGCGUCGGCCCUCCCAAGCCUUCCCUUCCCGAUUUCCCCUCCCCCGCCCACCCCUUCCGCAGCUAUUACAACCUCUUGCCCCCGCAACAGCCGAUCUCCGCCCAUUAUGCCCCUCACGUCCAGCCCACCCUCGUCUUCCAGGACGCCUCGUACGCUCCGGCUUCGGCGGCGGGCGGCUCCAACCUCGGUGACUACGUGCUUCAGAAGAGAACCCCUACUGUCGUUGCUUCCGCCGAUGACAAGCUUCCGCCGCAAGUCUCUCAAGAUACCGGCGGGGAUAGACCGGUACCGGAGCAGAAAACCUUGCCGGUGGCCGUGGACGUUCCCAUUGUUGUUAGUCCUCGACAAGCAGCAUCGCAGCUGGGUGAGAUCGAAUUCGGAAAGGUAGACCCCGCUGUCGCCGCUGCUCAUGUACUUGCCGAGGUUAAGGACGGGUAUAGGGCGGGACUGUUGGCUCGACCUGCAGAAGGAUGGAAGUCCAAGGAUGCCAAGGUUACUGGUGGAAUCAUGAAGAAGGUAAAGAAGCGCCCGCGUGAGGAUGGUGGUAGCUCCGUGGGACCUGACGGCACUGCUGCCGACGUGACAAAGAAGAAGAAGAAGAAAAAGGAACGGAGCGGUGGGAUUGGACUGCCUGUGUCCACCAAGGUCGAGGAUCCUCAUGGGAGAUCAGCAGGGAAGCCCGUUAGCGUCGAAGGGGAGUCGCUGAGAAGGGGAGAUGGGGUUGCUCGCGCCAUGGAGCCCUAUGCUUCUGCUAUUCUUCUUCCCCAGAUCGACUUGAGUUCCCGUUCUCUGCAGCUGCCCGAGCUGGUGAGUGACUUGCAAGAGCUAGCGCUGGAUCCUUUCUAUGGAAUGGACCGCGACGCCCCGUGGGUCGCGCUCCAUGUCUUCCUCAGGUUCCGGUCUCUGGUCUAUCAGAAGAGCUUGGCCCUUCCGCCGGCCAGCGAGGCUGAAGCGCCGGACGUCCAAGCCGGCAAAUCAUUGGCUGCUCGGCCGCCGCAUGAGCCCAUUGCAGCACUUGCUGAGGUUGCUCCGUCGAAGGCCGCCAAGGAUGAGAGAGCGCCGCCCUCCAUCACGAAACCGCCGAGAGCCAGUUUCAGGCCUGAUGAUCCCACCGUGGCUGGACGCAAACGAACCCCAUCUGAUCGACAAGAAGAGAUGAGCGCAAAGAAGCAGAAGAAGAUGGAGAAGCUCAAGGCUUUGGCAGGUGAGAAGAAGGUAACCAUCAUCCCAAAGGUACCCGAUGCGCAGUUGCAGCAACAGCAGCAGCAGCUGAGCGCAGCGGCAUCAGUGUCCGUGGGGCCGGCGAAACCUAACAACAAGGCGGCAGAGCCGAUCAAGAAGCAAGAACCCUUGCCGCCGCCGCCGCGGGCACCCUCGCCCACCACCCUCGUGAUGAAGUUCCCACCACGGACGACCCUGCCAUCGGUGGCUUCCCUGAAGGCCAAGUUCGCCCGGUUCGGGCCGCUUGAACUCUCCGGAUUCCGCGUCUACUGGAAAUCCAACACUUGCAAGGUGGUGUACAAGUUCAAGCCCGACGCCGAGGCCGCGCUCAACCACGCCAGGAGCAACGAGAUGUUCGGCCAGGUGAAGGUCCACUACUACCUCCGCGACGCCGACGCGCCGCUGGUGCCAGAGCCAGCCUCCGACGCCGCCGGGCAGAGGUCCGAAGGCCCCCAAUUCGUCAGGCCUGGAAGCGGGGCAAGCAGCGGCAGCGUUUCUUUCGCUCUUCCGCCUGCCGGUCAGCUCAAAUCUAUUCUGAAGAAAUCCAGCGACGAGGCUGGCGCGGGCGGCGGCGCCACGGGCAGCAGAGAGUCUCCCCGCGUAAAAUUCAUGUUGGACAACGUCGACGGCAAGGCGGAGCCACCCGUGGUGGUUGCCGGCAAUGGCCGUAGCAAUGCAGAUGCACCCUCAACCUCUCUUCCUCCAGUAGCGACCGUCAUCAGUAAGACUCCCAAGUCCGUUACUUUCCUUUCUCCUCCGCCACCGCCACCACCAUCAUCCGCACAGCCUCAAUCAUACCCUUCUCGGCUGAUACACAACCCUUACCUUCCAUCACCUCCUCCCCUUUCAUCCUUUUCAUCCGUCUCAAUUCCGCCACCACCCUCGCUUCGCGUGUCCGAUCGGGCACUCGCGCCGCCCCCGCCACAUCGUGGCAGUCUCAAUAGGGACGAAGCCCGCGGCCCGGCGGCCGCGCAAUCCAGCGACCCGCCGCCGCAUAACUACAGGCAGCACGGAGGCGAGGUGGAGGAAAGAGGCAACCCGAACGGAGACUUCGCCAACCAAAUGCUGAGCCUCCUGAUUAGGUGUAGCGACAUCGUGAGCAGCGUCAAGUCGUCGCUGGGCUACGUGCCUUACCACCCGCUGUAGGAUCUCGUGGUGAAGGACGGUGCAGCAGCGGUUGCAACGAAGAGACAAGCGGCCUCUCUCUGGCUUACUCGUAGACCGCUUAUGUUGACAGUGGGAAAUGUAUGGGAUCUCUAGACUUGUACCGUUACACGCCUAUCUCCUGUUUGACGAUUUGGUUUGUGACCUCUGGACGGCAGCGCAGCCGUAGAACUGCGUGUUUGAGCUGCACAACCCAUUUUAUUCUUUGCUUGUUGUUGCUGCUUUCGUCCUUUUUCUUUUCUUUUUUCCUUCAAGGGUAAGUUACGAAGGUGGAAUUCAGAGUUUAUGAUCUUACGAUGAGAAAAGAUAUCUGUAGUGAUAA